AUGUCGAAUUCGCAAGAUUUUUCCGAUAGGAAAAGGGCCCGUAGGGCACUGGAGAAAUCGAACUUUGUUCACACUUGCAAUCUAUUGAGUCAAUUUAUCAAGGAGAAAGGUAGUUUAAGAGAUUUGAAUUUUGAAAUCGGUGAUAGAGUGGAAAGCCUUGAAUCCAUAGUGAAAGCAGACAAAUCUCAAGUUGCGGCGUCUACAAGAACGAAAUCCUUGACCAAUAUGGAAAAACCAGUUCAAGGAUCGACUGAACAAGAUACGUCAAUGGAUCCUAUUCCCUGGCGAGGCAUGCUGGGGUCAUCGAGUAAUUUACAAGAUGCCUCAAAUAAAGCUGUUCCAAGAGAGGCAGCAACAAUGGAGUCCAAGAAUGCCCAGUUGACCAUAUUUUAUGCUGGUAGAGUUUUGGUAUUCGAUGAUUUUCCACCUGAAAAAGUUACUGAACUAGCGGAAUUUGCAAGCAAGGAAAGUUCUGAGGAACCAGAAGACAUAUUGUCGAACCAUGUUAAAGAAAAAGUAAACCAGGGGACUGUAACUGCACGAGAACGGCUUCCUCCAAGAUCUGAGGCCUCGGCUUCUCGUAAGGCUAAACGCGUUUUGCCUGAUUCCGGCAAAGAGGCGCAAGAACGGCUUCCUCCCCGACCUGAAGCUAGUGGUUCUCUUAAGGCUAAAGGCAUUUUACUGAAUUCAGAGAUAGAGAAAAUGAACACUGGUGGUGCUGUGGCCUCCUGCUCUAGGCCAAAAGAAGUGCUUUCGCCACAACUUGAAGCCAGUGGUUCUGAUUUGCCAAUUGCAAGAAGAUCAUCACUUCAUAGGUUCCUUGAGAAGAGAAAAGAUAGGACUGUAAAGGAGCUAAACCAAAUUCAAGAACUGCAGCCUGCAUAUUCUCCCAAGCCUGAUGAGCAUCUUGAGCUCAAAUUAUAG